GUGUAAAUUUACAUUUUUUUAAACCAAUUCAUUUCAAACUCUCAAGCUGAAGAAGAAAUUCGUUCGCUUUCGGCUUUCUGCAGCGAUCGAUAUGGAGGACACUGCGAAAGAACCCUCUACAUUUCGACCGGUAACCCAUGUAAUAUUCGAUCUCGAUGGAUUACUUCUGAAUACGGAGAUUUUUUACACCGAAGUUCUGGACGAUCUCUGCGGCAAAUAUGGGAAAAAAUUCACUUGGGAGCUGAAGCACCAGAUGAUGGGAAGAAAAGAACGAGAUUCGGCUCAAUUUGCUAUUGAUGCGCUGGGGUUGCCGAUUUCGGUGGAUGAAUAUAUCGCUCAUGUUCGCGAAGAACUCAAUCGAUUGCUGCCCACUUCGCGAUUUAUGCCAGGAGCAGAAAAACUAGUGAAACAUCUUUACGAGCAUGGUGUGACAAUGGCGAUUGCUACAGGAUCCGAUUCGUUCACAUUCCGCAAAAAAACAACGAACCACGGUGAUUUUUUGCAAAUGUUUACGCAUUACGUUCUCUCUGGUGAUGAUCCACAAGUUCGGAAUGGCAAACCUUUUCCGGAUAUUUUCCUGGUUUGUGCAAGUCGGUUUCCAACGAAAGUUAAUCCCGAGGAUAUUUUGGUGUUUGAGGACGCGUUGAAUGGUGUUAAAGCUGCUGUUGCCGCCGGUAUGCAAGUCGUUGCUGUUCCCGACGAACGCGCGGAUUUGAGUGAAUUUUCCGAUGCCACUUUAAUUUUGAAAUCUUUACUUGAUUUCCGACCGGAAGCAUUUGGUUUGCCAGCUUUUGGUAGCUGACGGCGUUCUUAGAUGCACGGCGCAGUACGGAUGGUCAGUGUCAUUUGAAGUUUUUCGAGUUUCCGUUUCAAAAAUUCCGUAACCGGUUGCAUGGGAAACAAAACGAAUAAAAUUACAUCACACAAUUACUUGCUUCGUUAUUUGCAGAAGUUAUAUAAGUAAAGAGGGUGCUUUUGAAUUCUUUUCUUGCUGUACCUUCGCAGCUUCUUUUAGAAUCACUUUACAUGUCUG